CCCCUCAAAGAGGAAUGGUGGGCGGGGCUCUGCCUGGAUGGGAAAACUGGGGCGGGACUCAGUCUCUCCCUCUCGGGGAUUUAGCCUUCUCCUAGACAUCACCCUUAUCCCCUGGGCAUGCUGCGGUGCAGCGUAGGCGGAUCUGGGCUUGGCUACUUCUCUACGUUAGUUGAGAGAAGCACCAUGGAAAAUACUGAAAUUACAGUAGAUUCAAAAUCUACUCAAAAUUCAGGAGUAAAGAUCUUCCAUGCUAGCAAGUCUGUGGAAUCUAGUCUGUCAUCAGAUAGCUAUAAAAUGGAUUAUCCAGAAAUGGGAUUGUGUGUAAUCAUCAAUAAUAAAAAUUUUCACCAAAACACUGGCAUGUCAUUUCGAUCUGGUACAGAUGUAGACGAAGCACAUCUCAUAGAUACUUUCAAGCACUUGAAAUAUGAAAUCAGGAAUAAAAAUGAUCUGACAUGCAAAGAAAUUACUGAAUUAAUGUACAAUGUUUCUAAAGAAGAUCACAGCCAACGAAGCAGUUUUGUUUGUGUGAUUCUAAGUCAUGGUAAAGAAGGAAUCAUUUAUGGCAAGGAUGGACCUGUUGAACUGAAAGCAUUAACAUGUUUCUUCAAAGGGGAUAAAUGUAACAGUCUAAUAGGAAAACCAAAGCUUUUUAUUGUUCAGGCAUGUAGAGGCACAGAGUUGGAUUGUGGUGUUGAGGUAGACAGUGGCCCUGAUGACAAUGACACUGAUGAGGACAUAACAUGCCAGAAAAUACCUGUUGAGGCAGACUUCUUGUAUGCAUAUUCUACAGCCCCAGGUUACUUUUCUUGGAGAAAUGAAAAGGAUGGUUCAUGGUUUAUCCAAUCACUUUGUGCAGUGCUGAAACAAUAUGCUCACAAGCUUGAAAUCAUGCAAAUCCUUACCAGAGUCAAUUGGAAGGUCGCCACAGAGUUUGAAUCUUACUCCUUAGAUGCUACCUUCCAUGCAAAGAAGCAGGUGCCAUGUAUCAUGUCCAUGCUUACUAAGGAACUAUAUUUUUUCCCCUAAGAAAAUUCACGCAUUUUAAUUUGUAUUCCAAGCCAGUGAAUGAUAGAUAUGAGAACUGCUUUUCCUUGGUAAUUUUACAAUAUGACAGUGGGUGGGUUUGAGAGCUUGGGAGAGAAUCACUAUUUCUCCAUUUAAUAGAACCAACACAUUGCUAUCUAAAAUUUAGGGAGUUGAAACAGAGGCUAAUUUGAAGUUAAUAUGCUGACUUUGUAAAUAAAAAUGGAUAAUGGCAUUUGUUAUAAGAAGAAUCUAUUGUACCUUCAAAACUUUUAAAAUAAUUAGAAAUUUAGGGAAAAGAUCUCUUCUUAGUGAUAUACAAUCAUGGGUUUUGAAAGGGUUAAGGAAAAAUUAAUAUAUUUUUUUAAAAUUUUAAAAAUAUGUUUUUACUUAACUAUUGUAAUGUUCUGGUUGGUUUUCUGGAGGUCUCUGGACCAGUCUUCGUUUCAGCAAAGUAAUCAUGAGACUAGCCAAGGAUAAAGUCCGAAUUCUUUAUUAUCUCCUUCAAAAUCUGUCUCCUUCACUUGGGGCCUGGCUAGCUUUCUAGAAGCCCUUCAGAUAGGACAUGGUUUCAGUGGAGAAAUGAAGGAGAACCACCAGGAGCCUGAUCAAAGAGGGAAUGUCUCUCUGAGUCUGAGGG